UGGCAGCGAUCAGUGAAGUUGGCUUUACUGUAUUACGCUGUACUGAAUGAUGAUGAUGAUGAUGAUGAUGAUGAUGAUGAUGAUGAUGAUGAUGAUGAUGAAUCUGAUGAUGAUGAUGAUGAUGAUGAUGAUGAUGAUGAUGAUGAUGAUGAUGAUGAUGAUCAUGAUGAUGAUGAUGAUGAUGAUGAUGAUGAUGAUGAUGAUGAUGAUGAUGAUGAUGAGACAUGA